GCUUCAAGUUAGGAUCAGAGCUAAUCUAAGCGAAAAAAAUAGACAUUUGAAAGCAAAAGCGUAAUUUGUACGAAGAAAGAAAAAAAUGGCAGCAGAAGAGGGACACGUGAUCGGAGUUCACACUGUGGAGGCUUGGAAGGAACACCUCGAGAAGGGAAAUGGAUCCAAGAAACUGAUUGUAGUUGAUUUCACUGCUUCUUGGUGUGGCCCGUGCCGUUUCAUUGCCCCAAUUUUGGCAGAGAUUGCUAAAAAGCUGCCAAAUGUCACCUUCCUCAAGGUUGAUGUUGAUGAAUUGAAGACUGUUGCUGAGGAGUGGGCAGUUGAUGCUAUGCCAACAUUCCUGUUCUUGAAAGAAGGAAAACUUGUGGACAAGGUUGUCGGUGCUCAGAAGGAGCAGCUGCAAGCAGCAAUAACCAAGCAUGCAACUACUGAUGCUUGAAGGGUCAUAUGAACAAACCAUUUUCUAAUUCGAGUCAGUUUGCAUUUUGCUAUUUGAGUCAGUUUGCAUUUUGCUAUUUGAGUCAGUUUACCUGGUUUCAGUAUGGUUUGGAAUUUAGAAUCUUUAGAACAUGGCUGGAUAUGUGAAUAAAAUCGUUGUGUGGUAGUACUUGAAACACUUUCGCCAAUGAACAACUAACUUGCAUUAGCAAGGAGAUAGCAUUUAUGAAAAUAUUUAGCUUUGUGUGUUAUGUUCUUA